UGGAAUCGUUUGGUGCGAUUGAAAGAACAGGCGAUUGAAUGGAUUCCUUAGGACUUGGGCUGUGGCUAGGAAAAUGUGGUCUAAUUAUGAUUUGCUUGCUAAUUGGAUUGCUUAUGCCGAGCGCAGCUUCAUCUUACAGCAUCGGUAUUGGCAUCUCCGACACGACUGGUCCAGUUGCCGAAGUCGUCUUUAUGGGCUAUGCGAAGAUGGAUCAGAAGGGAAGCGGACUUCAUUUGAGGACAUUUGCACGGUCUUUUAUUAUUGAUGAUGGCCAACAAAGAUUCGUUUUCGUUUCGGUCGAUAGCGCGAUGAUUGGCCACGAUGUGAAAGCGGCGGUUCUGCGCAAUCUUGAGUCGCAUUACAACAAUUUAUACACGGAAACUAAUGUCAUGAUAAGCGGGACUCAUACGCACUCGAGUCCAGGCGGUUUUAUGAUGGACGUGCUCUUCGACAUUUCUACUUACGGUUUCGUGAAGGAAUCGUUCACUGCUCUAGUCAAUGGCAUUACCAAGAGUAUAGACAAGGCCCAUAACGCUAUUGUUCCGGGACGGAUAUUCAUUAUUCGUGGUGAAGUAUUAGACGCUAAUAUCAAUCGAAGUCCAUUAGCUUAUUUGAACAAUCCUCGGGAGGAAAGAGAAAAAUACAAGUAUAACGUAGACAAGGAUUUGAUGCAAUUGCAAUUCAUAGCAUUGAAUGGCCAGCCACUUGGAGUCAUCAAUUGGUUCGCCGUUCACCCAACUAGCAUGAACAAUACCAAUCAUCUGGUAUCUAGUGAUAAUGUCGGUUAUGCAUCUGUUCUUUUUGAAAAGAAAAUGAACAAAAACAACAUGAUAGGAAAGGGUAGCUUUGUGGCAGCUUUUGCAUCUUCGAACUUGGGAGAUGUAUCGCCUAAUACGCGUGGCCCAAAAUGCGAAUUUACCGGUAAUCCUUGCACUUUGCAGUACACUUGUGACGGUGAAAAAGAAAGAUGCUUUUCUUCUGGUCCUGGAAGGGAUAUGUUUGAAAGUACAAGCAUAAUUGCCCACAAACUUUUUGACGAAGCUUGGAAUCUUUGGAUAAGUGGAACAGCUACGGAGGUAAAAGGACCAGUACGCGUUGUCCACCGGUUCGUCGAAAUGCCUAAACAGAAAGCAAAUUUUUAUAAUGAAACUACAAAGAAGAUGGAGGAGGUGCAAGGUUGUUUUCCGGCAAUGGGAUACAGUUUUGCAGCUGGUACGACUGAUGGGCCUGGCUCUUUUGCAUUCGAGCAAGGCACAACAACAUCUAAUCCUUUUUGGAACGCGGUGCGCAACUUUUUGGCAAAACCCUUGGACGAGGAUGUGCGUUGUCACGGUGCCAAGCCGAUUCUCCUAGCCACAGGUCGAAUGGUAUUGCCGUAUCAGUGGCAGCCGAAGAUCGUCUCAACCCAUUUUGCUCUCGUGGGAAAUGUGGCCAUUGCCGGAGUACCUGGUGAAUUUACAACAAUGUCAGGCAGAAGAUUACGCAACACAGUGAAAAAUGCCAUUGCUAACGCAGAUAAAUCAAUAGAAGAUGUCCAAGUCAUUGUUGCUGGACUUUGCAAUACAUACAGCGAUUAUAUUGCCACCCCCGAGGAAUAUCAAAUCCAAAGAUAUGAGGGUGCGUCAACGAUUUUCGGACCGCACACAUUGACUAUUUACUUAAAGCAGUAUACCGAACUCGCCAUACACGCAGCGCUUAAAAUAGCCGUCGAAUCUGGGCCAACACCAUUGGAUCUAUCAAAAGAAAAAUUGAUAAGCCUGGUGCCACCGGUCUUAUUCGAUUCACCAAAAUGGGGUACGGAGUUUGGAGAAUGUGUUAAACAACCAUCGCGAUUCGCUCGUCCCGGUGACGUUGUUGUCGCCAGAUUUAUUUCUGGACAUCCUAGAAAUAAUUUUAUGACUGGAAGUACAUAUUUAACUAUCGAAAAAUUAGAAGAAGAUGAAACUUGGACGUCUGUUGCUACAGAUGCAGAUUGGGAAACCAAAUUUAUUUGGGAAAGAACCUCGAUAAUCCUAGGUUCUAGUCAAGUAAUUAUAAAGUGGGAAAUACCAGAGACUGUUUUGCCUGGUGAAUAUCGAAUUCGACACAACGGAUAUUAUCGUUAUAUUCUUGGUGGAGUGUAUCCUUAUCAGGGUGUCACCGGAACAUUUCACGUUAAGACACCUAAUUUGAAUUACUGAUUUUACGUAGGUCUGGCUACUUAUUAUGACAAAGCAAGAAUAAUUUUCGACCGCUGCAAUGAAAAUUAUAAACUAAAUCCUUGCCAUCGCAAAUAUUUUGCAAAAUAAAAGUCAAUGAAUUUUUAGACUAUUUAAUAAAUAAUUCAAAUAGGAAUAAGAUUUCUAAAUACGAUUCAUCUUAUAUAUUAUAGAACAAGUUGUAACAAAUUAUCAUCAAUCAAUUUAUAAUAAUUCAAGAACAUAAAAAUUGAUAAAAAGAUAAGUCAAAUUUAGGAUACCCAACAUUAAGUUAAUAUAUUAAUUUAAUUUUACUACGAAUCAUGUAAUUACUACCAG